AUGUCUGCUCCCAAAACCGUCCUUGCCACUGGCACGUCGUCGGGCCUGGGAUUCGAAGUCGUCAAGCAGCUCCUCGGGCAAUCAGAGCCCUACAAUUUCAUUCUGGGAGUCCGAGACACUGCAAAGGCUGAAGCUGAGUUCAAUGAGCUACACUAUGACUCUUCAAAGCAUUCAGUCUCCAUUCUGCCGCUUGAUCUGCUGAAUCUGCGCAGCGUCCAGGUCUUUGCUCAGCAGGCUCUUGUGCAGCUUGGACAGAAUCGCGUGGACUAUCUCUUCCUUGGGGCUGGUAUGCUCGACACUGCCAGUGGUCCGGGUCCUUAUGGAUCACAAUGGUGCGAGGGUUACGUGGUAAAUCAUUUAGCUCAGCAUUACCUUGUUCACUUGAUACGUGAAACUCUGGUGGCGUCUAAAUCCCGCCUAGUGUUUGUUUCGUCAGGGGCGAUUCGCAAUGUCAGGAACCAAGAUCCGAGAACCCUUGACGUGGAUCUAAAGGCCAAGUCUGGGGCGGGGUAUAGAACCGUUUACAGUGGAUCCAAAUUUGCCCAGCUCUUGGGUGCGCACUAUUGGCAUCGCGAGCUCCCAGAGUGCACUGUUAUCGCAGUCUCUCCUGGGCUGAUUCCCAGCACCAAGCUUGCCAGUAGCUUGGGGCUAUCAAUGGAUAUGCCAGAUGCGAAAACUAUUCCGGAGGGUGCUGAGAACCUUCUCCGUGCUUUCACCGUGAAGGACCUUCCAGAAGAUCCGGAGCAGAUCUUUCUCACAAGCUGGGGUGAAUGGUGGCCGACAGACGUAUACGCCCUCAGUCUUGACAAGGAUUUACAGACAAAAUGGUGCUUGAGUAGGGAUGAAAUUGAAAAAGCGGAGGGCCUUGCUGGCCAAGCUUGA